AUUGCGAGGCUUACAGAUCACUAUAAAUACCGCCGAGAACCCGCUUUAAAGCAUCGAGCUCUUCAACGUGACGAACUCGCCGCGACCAACAGUCUCCCUGACAGCAAAAUGCUGGACAAAGCAUCUCUCCUGCUGUUCUACUGCCUUGCCGUGCACACGCUGUGUUCGCCUUUGUAUCCAGCUUUACGAUCUGAAGAUGGGUCGGCCCUGCGGAGAUUGCUCAAUAUUUCACCGGAGGAGACCGACGGGGUCCAGAACGGAGAGCACUAUGAAGACGCCGAGUCCCUUAUGGACUCCACUGGGAAACGGAUUGAAAGGCAUGCAGAUGCAGUGUUCACCAACAGCUACAGGAAGUUGCUAGGAAAAAUUUCUGCAAGAAAGCUUUUGCAGAGCAUGGUGGACAAAAGACUGGGUGACAGCGGCCUCGAGGGAGAUCUUGAACCCAUAGCCAAGAGACAUUCUGACAACAUCUUUACAGACAGCUAUGCUCGAUAUCAGAGGCAGAUGGCAAUUAGAAAAUACUUGGCUGCAAUUCUGGGCAAUCUAAGACUUGGAAAUGUAAAUACUCGGCAGCUACCUGACAGCUUCUCUACAUUGCUGGAAGCAGAUUACAGCACCAAUCCCAUUUAUGAUAACUGAUGAGCUGAUAGAAGAAGUGACAAUCUCUGCCCUGAUAAUUCAUGUAUUUUACUUCGGAGAGAAAUCUUUCAUUAAAUUAUUUUUGAUGUACCUUAUUAUGCACUAAAUUUAUUGUUAGAAUUGGCAGGAAAUGUUAAUUUGGUGUAGACAAUUGUCCUCUGCUAUCAUGUUAAAGUUGUACGUGCAUGAUUGUUAAGGCCAAAUUCCUUUUCACUCACACUUGUAAUUAGUAAAAUCUUGGCACUUACAUUCAUACAUAACUUACUACCAUCAUUUCAACAUUAUUCUUCAUGGCUUUCAUCAAAACUUUCUAAUUUUGUGGUAAAUGUUGACAGUCUAAUUUGUGAUUGAAAUGGGGUGUUCUCAAACUUAGAAAUACUGCACAAUAAUACUGAUUCUGAUUUAAUAAUUUUGAACACCAAAUAUUGAGGGAGACUAACUCCCUCAGAGUGAUGUUUUUAAGAUAAUAUCACUAUUGAGAACUUAAAGUCCAUAACAUUGCGGAAGAUUCUACCACAUUUAAAAUGGUGAUGACUUCUUUGCUAACUGAACUUGAGAAACUUAAUAUAGUGAGCAAGUCCGACAAAAAUCUGAUGAAAUCCAAGUAUCCUAAUACUUGAAUAAUAGCGCAUGAGUUAUCAUCAGCUUCCUACUCCAGUGGGCAGUUUUCCUGUACAACAAAUUGGAUGUUAUGUUUACCCGGUGGUUAACUCAUUUUAAUAAUAGUGCAAAUAUGUUCACACUUAAAAGUAAUUCUCACAAUGCUACUUACAAUUCUAUUCAGAAAUAGAACUUAUUUGCUGCAGUUUUAUUUGUAAUUAAUCACAUCCUGUCUGAAGGAAAAUCUAUAUGAUUGUGUAAUGAAAUAUGUGUUUGAAAUUAUAUAGUCACUAGCAUUGACUAGCAUGAAUCUUAAUUUGUGAAUACAAAGCA